GUACAUUAUUUGUUUAAUGCUUUUCUGUCAACGUCAAAAAGCGACGUUUAUCAUUGGACAAAAAGUGCUCUCGAAAAUGGGCGUCAACAAGAUGUACAAGGAAUUUGCGACGUACUGUAAACAGGAAAUACGUGAAGCGUUGAUGGUGUUUACAGAUGCACAAAACUAUCCUAUUGAAAUACAUUGUACACAAGGCAAAGACAGAACCGGUCUUGUGUCGGCCUUGAUCAUGCAUAUUGCAGGUGUGCCAGAAGACAUUAUUGUGCGAGAUUAUGCAAAAACACAAAAAGGCUUGGCACCCAUCUAUCAAAGCAUGUUGGAAGAAGUGCGCCAAGCAGGGUUAUCGGAUGAUUUUGCUGAAGCGCCCCCUCAGGUACGGGAAGGAGGGAAGAGAAAGUAGAGCACACGUGACCCCUCUCUCUUUUACUCACUCCAAGUAAUUUUUUUUUUUUUUGGUAUAGAAUAUGCGUGAUUUGCUUGCUUUCCUUAAAAAAGAGUAUGGUUCCAUUGAUCAGUAUUUGGAUGCCAUCCAAUUUGGCAACGACUAUCGACAACGCAUCCGAGAUAUCGUAUGUGUGUGACAUCCGAUCCAUGACAAGCUCCCACAUUAAUUUGAAAUGCAUUAAAUGUAUAAUAAUAAAAAAAAGAUCAAGUUGCAUGUGUGUUUGUGUCUAGACUUUGUAGUCCAAAGCAGGAAAUAUAUAAGAAUUUGAUCCACCUAUGCGUGUUCACAUGUCCACCCUGCUGGCUGGAUGUUUUCGAUGAUAAGCAGGCUUGUCUUUUUUUUUUUUUUUUCCUGG